AUGCUCGAUCCUACCUACCCAAUCACCGAAAAAAUCCCCUUGGACGUUACACCUGCCCAACAAAUGUUCCUACUCGCCGACGUCGCAUGCGGAGUUCAAGGUGACUAUGCUCACAAAGAUAUUCGCCUCUUUGCAUUUCACCACUCACUCGGCGAAGAAAACGAGGACCACCGUCUCACUAACACGGGGCCCGUUGUCGGUGGACUGACUGCCGACUACAAAGUUCAUCAAGACUUUGAAGACUUAACUUACCUUUACAUUCAAGCUCUUGCAACUCAUCCCGAUUUCCAACGACGUAACAUUGCCAGACGGCUACUGAGAAUAGCGAGUGAACGUGCUUGGAAGAAGGAGGAAGUGAAAGCAGUUCAGUUGAUUUCGACGCCAUCUGCAGAGUUGUUUUACGAUAGUUUUGGGUUUUACGUACAGGGAAAUACGGUGUGGUGGUGGUUGAUUAAUCCACGGUUGAAAACGUCUGAGAGGAAGGAACUGUUCGAAAGGUUGGAAUUGAGGCUGUUUGAAAUGUCUGAUGAUAUUUAUCAUAUGACAUUUUAUGGAAAUCCUCUACAUGAGCGUCAUGUCGGUGAUUAUUUUCCACCUGAACCUGUAAUCGAUCAACGAGGCGUCACAGGACUAGAUAAAAUUUAUCGUACAGAGUUUAAAAAACGUGUUCCAAAUUUAAAAAAAAAUCUUG